GUGAAUCAAACUGGAACAAAAUCAUUUCGUGAUGGAUAUCUCCAUGAUAGAUAACAGAGACACUCAAACAUGUAUCAGAGUCUUAAUAUUUCUUUCUUGCUUCUGUGCUACAGUUAUUGCAUUCGUUUUGAUUGGUUACGGAGGCUCGUACCUGGAGAAUCUUCCUUACGACGACGUGAAUCUCUACCGGACAAUAAAAACCACGUCAAUCAUGAAUAUAGUAAUUGGAUUCGUAACGGUUGUAGUUAGUAUUGUGGGAUGUUGCAGUUCUAUCGUGAAUAGUAAACUCUUGUAUAAAAUUUUUGCUGGCCUCCUGAUGGUCAAUGGCCUGCUGAUGAUGGGUUUUGGAAUUUACCUUGUGGUUACGUCGGCCAAACGUUAUGACCAAAAGUUGAGAAGGGAUCUAGAGAAAAUGCUAAUAAUAAAAUUCAUAGGAUAUUUCCUCAACUGGAAAGAUAGAAACUAUCUAGACGAUUUCCAGACGUACUAUAGAUGUUGUGGUGUGUAUAACCCAAAGGAUUGGAAGCAAGAACCCCCACGUAGUUGUUAUACCAACGGGUUGAGUCAUACAAAAGGAUGUAUUGAAGCUUUUAGUAACAUUUCUCCUGUCAUGUUAGCCUUGGGUAUUGUACUGAUUGUUGCCGCAAUAUUUGAUGUUGCUCUAGCAUUACUGGUUGUUUAUCUUGCUAAAAUUAUUCGACCGGGUGCGCAGAACUAUCCUUACUUUAACAACCCAGUACAAGUAGUACAACCAACUGAUAAUAUUUAUCCGAGGGGGCAGUAUAACAUCCCGUCAACUAAUCGAGUUUAUCAAUAAAAAAUCGAAAUUGGACGAAGCACUUAAUAUUCUUGUUUCAUUAUUUCGUUUUUCUUAAGAAUCAUUUUUCAAUUGAAGUUCCAAAGUUUAAUUUCAGAAUGAUAUCAGAGAAGGGAAAAUGUAUUUCAGAUAGGAACCUGUAAUUCAGAGAAGAUAAAUUCAGAAAAGCAGAAUUGUUGCCUAUUCAUGAGUCUAUAUUCGUCAUAUUGAUUGUGUGUGGAGUCAUUUUGUUUGUGAAAUUGUGAUCUUUUUAACUGUGUAAUAAUUGUUCUGGACUUCAUUCUUGGUUAGCCAACAAAUCCCUAAAACAAAUCUAGUUUUUAUAGGGACUGAAAUAAGAAUAGUCAAAAAAAAAGAAGUUAAAUUAUUGGAUUCCUGAUCAGUAGCACAAAAAUUUGCAUAUCCUACACUGUUUAUUUUAUUGAUGCAAGUUAUCUUUUUUGCCAUCUGCUUGUAAAUAUAAAUAAGCCAAAUAAACAUUUUUUAUUAAAUUUUAUUUUUACAAUCAUAGUCAAUCCUGAUAUGGAUCUAAAGUGCUCUACCUGUGAUAAGGCCUGCUUCCAAAAGGAGGACAAAAAUGAGCUUUUUGGCUUACCUUGUGACAUUUGUCGCAAGAUUCUAUACAGAAAUUGCUCUGGAGUAAGAAGCUCUGAGAUCCGAGUUCUCAUAAUGAAAGAACGCUGCCUGAGAUUUUUCUGUCCAAGCUGUACGGACUGUUUCCAAGCACUGCCGGGAUUAAGCUCAAGACUUCACGAAUUGAAAGCAGAGGUGAAAAAGCUCAAAACCGACCAAAGAGUUGGGCCAUCCAAUCAGAACUGUGUUAUCGAAGAUGAUGUGGCAGAAUUGGAUAAAGGUUUUUCCCCUAUUCCUACCAAUGGACAGCUUACUAUGGGGGGUAUUAAAAACGGAAUGGCGCCACUUAUUACUGAAAUUCUUGAGAGGAUUCUUGAUGGUCAGGCUGAACUCAUUUCAAAUAGGCUGGAAGGCACCUGCAGAGCCAUUCUGGAUUCUAAUAAGGAACUUGUUGCAUUUAUGUCCAAGUCCUAUAUUCC